AAGAACUUUACAAUAUGACGGGGUCUGGGACCUGAAUUGACUGCAUAAGCAAAUCGGAAGGCCACGGUUCAUUAUGAGCCGUUUUUUUCUCAUUUGUAUAAAGUUGCCGAAGACAUUGUUUUCUUUUUGGAUUCGGAUUUUUUAUUUUAUUUUAUUUUCUUGCUGAAUGAUUCAAGCAGAAAGCCCUGAACCGCCGAUCGGCCAUUUACCAUCCUCUACUCAAUCGGGAACUUCCAGCGCAGCUGAAUCAACAAGUUUCCAAGCAACAAGUGGUGAUAUCCAUUUCUCAGGUCAAUCCGUGGGUGGUUCCGUAGAAGCAGGAAAAGAGAGAGAGGUUUAUCCCGCGAUGAGUUCUCAGUCCAACAAGCGAAAACUCGCUGAGAUUUUUCCAGACCGAGCUGUCUGGCCUCGCGUGGAGUCCGACCCUGGUGUCUUUACUCAAAUGUGUGGACAAUACUGUACAUCUGCAGUGACGGUGGAAGAACUGCAUACAACGGAAGUACAUGAAAUUUCGAGAUCGGGACCUAUUUAUGGCCUCAUAUUUUCCUACAAAUACUACGAAGACCCGUUGCCGGAGGAUAUCGAAAAAGACGAUGACGCAAAAGGGGACAUGUUUUUUUCUUGUCAGAUUACUCGCAAUGUGUCUGCUUCCUCUGCUUUGCUUCAUGUUCUUUUAAACAACACGAAUAUCGGUCUUGUUCCUGAAAUCCAAGACCUCAAAGAAUUUACAAGAGGCAUGGAUGCUAAGGUUGCUGGAGCGGCCAUUGCCAAUAGUCUAUUGAUUCGCAACACGCAUGACGCUGCAGCAGGUUUCCAAGCCCUUAUGGACCUUCAAACAGAGGCGUCCAAAAAGCCUACCAAAUCUCGAAAGACCAAGAAAAACGCCAAGAAAUGGGUGGAUGACGACUUUUACCAUUUCAUCAGCUAUAUUCCUUACAACGGCUUUGUCUGGGAGCUGGACAGUUUGAAGAGUCGGCCCAUUCGAUUAGCCUCCUAUUCCGGAUCCGACUGGGUGACGGCCGCUCUGCCUAUACUGCAACACCGUAUGGAGGAAUGUGUGGAACAUGAUAUCAUUUUCGAUCUUCUUGCUGUCACUCGCAGUCAUCGCUUAUAUUUUGAAACAGCCGUUGAUUAUGCUGGCAGACUCAAACAGACGAUAGAAGACCGAUUGAGUAAAGAGGAAACAGAAUGGCGUCAAAGAUAUCAGCAAAUUCGCGACCGAGGCUUUACUAUCAACGUUGAACCAGAUCAAGAUCUUACCGGCCUUGACCAGGAGCAGAUUUCCGCUGUUGCCAACUCCACGGCCGCGCGUGCAUCAGUGAUAGGCCUUUUACAGCAUUAUUCGGCGGUGGAGCAGUAUGAACAAAAUAUGUUGGAUCUUGACAGGUCAGAGAAAGAAAGAAUGCAGACUUACGAGACCGAAUGGACGAAACGAAGACAUAACUAUACUCUGGCCAUCAAUUCCAUUCUCACCGCGUUCCAUGAAAAGAACAUACUUCAGAAGUAUAUUUGAUAGUCUGACUGAAAUGAAACGCGAAUAUCACCUUUGUCUCUGUCAAGACGAUUCUGACUUUAGCAUGUGAACGUGCCAAUAAAUCG